GUCUGUGGUCCCAUAUCAUUUGAAAUCUUGAAACGACGUCGUUGUGCACUCCUCCAACAUCCUUCUCUACUCCUCAGUCUCUGCCUCUGCAACGCGCAACCCUAUCAAGCCACCGCCGAAUUUCAUCUCCAAACUGUGCGACGGCGGACAUCCGGCGAUCAAUUAACCGCAGAUAAGCUGUUUCUUUAACAGAGACGCGCAUUUCCUCAUGCCCAUGAGAGUUUCUUCAGGAUCCAGAUGCUACAAAUCAUUUACUUCCUCAAACUUCCAAAUUUUAAAUACGGGGACACGUCCAAAACCCGCAAUAAACCCUAGUUGGCUCACUUGCUCACUUUCCUCAUCUGGGUCAUGUUCAAGCUUUCAUAUUAAUCUCUCUCUGGUGAACCUUAUGAAGCUUUCAAUUCGUGGUCGCCAUUGUUUUCCAGAAAUUAGGGAUUUAGUAAGCCCCCAAUUGAACUCAUCGGCUUUGAGCAUUGGGAGUUCUUUGAGAUCCUUUUCCUCGAAGAAAUCUCGACGUUUUCUGAGUUCCUAUCCUCUUAAGGAUGAAGGAGUGUUAUCUGGGAACAAGCUUCCUUGGUUAGCUGCAGCUAACAGUCUUGAGAAGGCAAAAUGGUCGGAUAAAUCAACAAAAAGGAAGGGAGGGGACCGAUCGUCCCGAUCGUCUUGGAAGGAAUCAGAUUCUAGAUCAGAUAGGAUGAGGUCUUCCUGGGACUAUUCAACAAAGACAUCUGGAGAAAAGGGAAAUCGAUCGUCUCGGGAUGAACCGGAAAAGAGAAAUGGCAAAGCACCAAUUGGAAGUGCUAACCGUUCUACUUGGGAGGUUUCUGCUGAGAAAUUUGCUAGACAAGGUAUCAAGUCUGCAGAUGAAAGAAGAGAAAGUAGGAGGACAAUAGUGGACAAUGAAGAGCAGCAAAACGAUGAUAUCGAAAGAGGGGGAAGUUAUGAAGAAGUUGAAGAUGAAGAAACAGAAGCCAUUGCUGAUCCCAGAUGGGAUAAGAUUAAAAGUAGAUUUAAGGGAAUGGUGGAUGAAAGAGCUGCGCCUGAGAGACCUGAAUUUCAGAGAUGGAAUAAACAAGAAAGCUGGGGUAGAAAAACAUGGAGGGAAGCUUCUGAAUCCACUCUGCCUAAAAUGAUUGGUGAAGGGGUUUAUGGGAUUGGACCAGUUUUGGCUGCUUUGUCAGCGGGAAGAAGAGAGUUCUAUGCAUUGUAUAUGCAAGAAGGGAUUGACUUGAACAAUAACAAUAAGAAGAAGAAGGACAAGAAAGGGUUUGAGAAAGUUCUUAGGUUAGCUGAAAAGAAUGCAUUAACUAUCAAGGAAAUAUCGAAGCAUGAUCUCAAUAUGAUUUCUGAUAACCGCCCCCAUCAAGGUCUUGUGCUAGAUGCUUCUCCCUUGGAGAUGGUAAAAAUAAAAGAAUUGGAUCCUGUCUUACUUGAAGAAGACAAAGACUCACUUUGGUUGGCUUUGGACGAAGUUACAGAUCCACAAAACUUGGGGGCAAUAAUAAGAUCAGCUUAUUUCUUCGGUGCAUCAGGGGUUGUUUUGUGUGCAAAGAAUUCAGCUCCAUUAAGUGGUGUUGUUAGUAAAGCAAGUGCUGGUUCACUCGAGUUAAUGGAGCUUAGAUACUGUAAAAACAUGAUGCAAUUCUUAACAUCUUCAGCUGAAAAUGGUUGGAGAGUCCUUGGAGCUUCGGUUUCUUCGAAAUCCAUUGCUUUGAAUGAGAUAGCCCCCGGUGCACCGACGAUUCUUGUCUUGGGCAGUGAAGGCACUGGUUUGAGGCCCUUGGUGGAGAGAUCCUGCUCACAGCUCGUUAGAAUCCCUGGGAAUAUUCCAGUUGAAGUAACAAUAGAUAAGGAAAAUGACAUCGAAACGACACAACCAUCAAACGUGUGCUUGGUGGAUGAGUUCCAAUCUUUUAUGGCUGUGGAGAGCUUAAACGUCAGCGUUGCAGCAGGUGUGCUUAUUCAUCAUUUAAUUGGAAACAAUUACAAAAAUGAAUAAUUAGAAACCUCUGUUUAACCUUCAUUACAGGUUGGAUCAAUUCGUUUCUAUAUGAUUGUGUGCAACAUUACAUGUCAUGUUCCUCCCAUGUUUAUCGUCUAUAAAAGGAAACAGAGUUGGCUAAGCCAUGUGAGUUGGCUUAGGCAAAGUUUUCAAAAUGAGCUACAAUCAGACAUGGCCCAUAAGACAACUCAUCUCUUCCUGUAUCCCCAACUUUUGCCUUUUUUUUGGCUUAUUGUUCUUAUUACCCAAUCACUUGAAACCAUUUUAGUUCUAUGAGCCCAUUUUCCUUUUCAAAUUUCUUCAUCGAGAGGGAAAUUUUUGUUUCUUGUUUUUAGAAAAAAACAAGGUGGUUUUUCGUCUUAUGGUAAGUUGGGUUGUAAUUCGUAACAAUUAAUAACCAUUUUUUUUAUUUGUCUC